AUGCCUGACGAAGAACCGUCCUUGAACAUCCCCUCCCUUCUCACCCUCGCCGUUGUCUCUUUCUUCGUGAUUCGAUGGUUUUUCAACCGUGACGGAGAUGCUGGGGCCGAAACCGGUCGCAGCCGCACGCGAGGAAAUGGCGUCGAUCCAGCCCACGUCGAGCAGAUCUCGCAGAUGUUUCCUCAGCUCAGCCAUCGCGAGAUCAUGUGGGACUUACAGCGCAACGGAGGGAACAUGGCCGCUACUACGGAAAGAAUCCUGACGGGCCGUGGCCUAGAAGUGCCCCCUCCAUCGUUCCAACCCCAGAUCGCUAUCCCGACCCCUACCGCGCCAGUACAGCCCGCCGCCGCUGCACCCAAGGCAGACGGCCAGGACCUGAUCUCUCGGUACAACCUUCGCUCGAAAGUCGGCGCAGACGAGGACGCCGCGACCUCACAGGCUCAGUCCUCCACGGGUUGGUCGCAGAGCAAGGAGGAGCGACAGCGUUUGCUCCAGAAGCGCAGGGACGACAUGAUCUUGGCGGCGAGGAGGAAGAUGAUGCAAAAGGACCAGACGGCUGCUGCUCAAUGA